AUGAGUAACAUAUCAUCAGGAUCAACUCGUAGCAGUUACGUUAGGGGCAUUCCAAGUCGAUGUACUUGUGGCAAGCCCACUACAAUUCUCAAAUCAACAACGGAGAAGAAUCCGAGACGUAAGUUUUACCGCUGCAGAGCCUUGACUGAUAGAGCUUUUGGUCGUGUUUUCAAGUGGGCAAAGGAGUCUCAGUUGGAAGAGUUUGAUGUUCUAUUGGAAAAACAAGAAUCAAUUGUUGACGACAUUGAAAAAAAUCGUAAGGUGUGA